AUUUGCCGACCUAGGUGUAGUUAAGCGCAACGUUUUACCUAUCUACAUUACCUUCGUAUCUGUAUUUGCUGCAAGAGUCCUUGCAUUUACUGGAACCAGCGCACUAGUAGGAACAUGGACAUUCCGCCUAACCAGACUAUAUACGUCAACAACCUUUAUGAAAAGCUUAGCAAAGAAGAGUUGAAGAAAUGCCUGUACGCCAUGUUCUCCCAGUUCGGGCGGAUCAUGGAUAUCGUGGCUAUGAAGACCUACCGUCUCCGCGGCCAAGCCUGGGUGGUAUUCACUGACACAGCGGCUGCAACGAACGCGCUGCGGACUAUGCAGGGGUUUCCGUUCUUUGACAAGCCAAUUCGGAUAACAUACGCGCGCGGCAAGUCGGACGCGGUGGCGAAGGUGGAUGGGACGUACAAGCCGGACAAGAAGCAGCGAGCGCAAAAGAAUGCGGCGGCAAGAGAGGCUAUGCUCAAGCGGCCCAGCGGAAGCAAGGCGGGACCGCAAGCUCCGGCGUCUGGCGCGGCGCACGGCGGCGGCGGUGGCGGCGGCCUGGCCAACGCACCCAACAAGAUCUUGUUCGUACAGAACCUGCCGGAGAACUCCAACGAGGCCAUGCUGGGCAUGCUCUUCCAGCAGUUCCCGGGCUUCCGGGAGGUGCGCAUGGUGGAGGCGCGGCCAGGCAUCGCGUUCGUCGAGUAUGAGAACGACAUGCAGUCAACGACAGCCAUGCAGGGCCUGCAAGGCUUCAAGAUCACACCAGCCAACGCCAUGAACAUCACAUACGCCAAACAGUAAUCACAGGACGAGUGCCGAAGCAGCAGGCAUGGCGGUGCACAGCUGCGGGCUUUGGGCCACUGCGAAGCUGCGGGCUUUGGGCCACUCCGAAAUUGUCCAGCAGGAGUGAGGGCCCGUUGCAAGCUGGGUUGGCGGAUUGUUGGUCAAAGUUCAGGUUGUUAACUUGCGUAGGGUAGGCCAGAGAGGGCACCGACGAAUGGAACGAAUGACAAUGCACGUGUGCAACCGUUAGACACCUUUUGACAUGGGUGUAACCCAUCUUUCCAAUUAUGGAAAACCCCGACUGUAAGUGUCUUUGCGUGGAG